UCCUUGUCAUUGUUCCUUAGAGGUGUGAAAUAUCGUAGUCUCAAUCUCCAUUAGUAUAUAGACUUGGAAGUCCCGUUUUCUAUAACGCAAUGUAAAUAAAGACAGAAAUAUUUGAAAGAUAAUGACCGAGUACGAUGUGUGCUAGUGAGAAUUCGGCUGAAAGUCCAUAGUUAAGGUUAGGGAUGGAUUCUGUAGACUUACAUCGUUUAAGGCUAAGUGUAAAUAGUUUGUGGAGACGAGUUUUAGAAGGGGAUACGAAGGUAAAUAUUCAGGAGGGAGAUUUGCGUGUGGGCGUGCACUCCUCAAUUAACCGUAUUAACUUUAACAGAUUGAGGGAUGGGCCCCUAUUAAGCUAUUUGACACACGGUGACAUUGGCGAGUCUCCAAGUAUGAAAAUGAAAAGUCGAGUAACUGAUCUGAUUUACAGAGUUGAAGAACUGAAGUAUAAAGUUAAUAACUUGCCAAGGCAGGUAUGCGAAUCGGUGUUGAAACAAUCCCAUGUAGUAUCUCCUAUGAGUUUGGGACAUGUCCUUUGUACGAAAAACGACAUUUCUUCCAAAUUUCCGGAAAUAGAGCUAAUAACAAAUCACAUAGCUUAUAUCAAGGUGCAGUUCCAGAUGCUUAAAAGAAAUGGCAGUAGUUUAUAUGCAGCUUUAGAAGAAUGUGAAUGUGAUGUAUUAAAAGAUAUUUCUGCACUAAAUGAUGUCAUUAAAGAGGAAUCUGAAUGUGUGGAUGUAACCAAAUUCAGUGGUGAGGUAUCUGAAGGUGAGAAACGAGAUACAGAAAUUGUGCAUGGUCUUAGUUGUAACGAAAACAAACAUGACGAUAAUUUACAUACUGAAAAUUCUUUGCUAGCGUGCUUUGCACAAUCAGAAGAUAGACAACCUUGUAGUGUACCAUAUUUCAAGCAUAAUUGGGAAGGGAAGGAUCAUCAGCUCUUUAUGAAGGUGCUUGGAAAAAUUAGGGACAGAGAACAUCAGCUUGAAAAAUUGUGCAGGAUGUUUCCAUUCAAGUCUGAGGAAGAAAUAAUUAAGCAUUUUUCUGCAUAUGAGGAAUUUUUAAAGGAAAGGGAAAAUGUUAAAACUCAAAUAGCUGCAUGGAAGCUGAAAAAAAUUGUGGAGAAAAAGGCUUUAGAAGAUAAAAUAGCUGAAGAAAGGAAGCAUGAAGAGAUAAAACAAAAAAUGAAGGACAAGGCCAAGGAAGUAAGGUUGAAGAGAGAGAGAGAGCUGCGCUACGGAGAACUUUUAGCAUGGAAAGCAGAGAUAAAUGAGAAAAAAAGGGGGUUGAAGAUUGAUAAUGGGUCAAAUACUCAAGUAGACCCACCUACUAUAAGGAAACAAGAACAGAGUUCUGCUGUAGCGUGUUCUCAGGCUUACAGUGCUGCAGAAAGGCAAUUAUUAGCAUUACAACUAAAAGAGUACCGUGAUAACAGAGAUAAAGAAAUGCAAAAAGAGCAGAAAAAGAAGGAGGAAGAAGAAAAGGUAAUGAGGGAGAAAUGUAGUGCCAGUCAUCGGCUAUGUUUUCUAGAGAGAAACAAUUAUUAUCUAAAGCAGAAGAUAGCCUUGAAAGAAGAAAAAGAAAAGUUAAUCAGUGACAGGAUUGCAAGAUUGGAAAAAAUGAAAGCUACUGUUAAAGUAAAAAUCAAACAUAAUCGAGAAAGACUCCUGCAGCCUACCCAGAGCCACUUAGCUUAUAAGUUAGCUAUAAAUAAAAAGCCUGUGCAAACUGAGCCUGUUAAUAUUGACAGUGUACCUCAUUUAGGAAUACCAUCGUGGAGGCAGGGCUUAUAGCAUUUGCUAUUUAUUUAUAAAAAUAGACUAGGCUAGAUUUCAUAGACUGCACAUAGGCAGUAUAGUAGGCCAAUGGAAAUAAUUUUAUGUCAUUUGGUGGAUGAGACUUUUUAUUUAUAAUUCAUAUAGCCAAAUAGGAAAUAUGAAGAGAUAAGAACAAAAAUUAAGUGUUAGGCUGUGUUCAUGUUAUAGUAGUAUGUUAAUAAGCAGUCAGUAAAAACACUUGAGCCUUUCUUUUGUCAAAUAUAUAAAUGUAGCCUGCAGUGCAAUCAUAAAAUACAUUUAAAGCCAUCCAGGAAGAAGUUAUUGAUGAUUUGUGCUUCACUGCCAGAUUUUCCAUAGGCUACUAGCCUAAUAUACUUUAUAAAAGUGAGUUGCAGAGAGGAUCUUGCAGCUAAUCAUGUUGUCCAAAGCGGGCAUUGAGGUGGCUGACACAACAA